AUGGCCUCAACGAGGGCUGGCCUCGGAGGUGGUGGUCGAGGAAGUCAACAUGACCUCAACGUGGGCUGGCCUCGGAGGUGCAGAGGUGGGGGUCGAGGAAGUCAACAUGACCUCAACGUGGGCUGGCCUCGGAGGUGCAGAGGUGGGGGUCGAGGAGGUCAACAUGACCUCAACGAGGGCUGGCCUCGGAGGUGCAGAGGUGGGGGUCGAGGAGGUCAACAUGACCUCAACGAGGGCUGGCCUCAGAGGUGCAGAGGGGGGGUCGAGGAGGUCAACAUGACCUCAACGAGGGCUGGCCUCGGAGGUGCAGAGGUGGGGGUCGAGGAAGUCAACAUGACCUCAACGAGGGCUGGCCUCGGAGGUGCAGAGGUGGGGGUCGAGGAGGUCAACAUGACCUCAACGAGGGCUGGCCUCGGAGGUGCAGAGGUGGGGGUCGAGGAAGUCAACAUGACCUCAACGUGGGCUGCCCUCGGAGGUGCAGAGGUGGGGGUCGAGGAAGUCAACAUGACCUCAACGAGGGCUGGCCUCGGAGGUGCAGAGGUGGGGGUCGAGGAGGUCAACAUGACCUCAACGAGGGCUGGCCUCGGAGGUGCAGAGGUGGGGGUCGAGGAGGUCAACAUGACCUCAACGAGGGCUGGCCUCGGAGGUGGUGGUCGAGGAGGUCAACAUGACCUCAACGAGGGCUGGCCUCGGAGGUGCAGAGGUGGGGGUCGAGGAGGUCAACAUGACCUCAACGAGGGCUGGCCUCGGAGGUGGUGGUCGAGGAGGUCAACAUGA